CGACGAUUUUAUAUAAAAAAAUCUGGUCAUAAAUAAAUCAAAAGGGUGUUCUAUAUUGCAGCGGAAAAACAGUCCGUCGUUUCCGGUGCUGACCGGAAGUAGUUAGCAAUAGCAGAGUUAGCCGCCGGGUGGUUUGUGUUUCGGUUGAGGACACAAACACCAAGAAAUGUCUGACCAAACUAUGAACCUGAUAGUCACCUACGGUUCAGUUAAACACAACAUCAAACUACCAAGCCCAGACGAUGGAAAAGGGCCUGCAGUUAAGGAUUUAUCUGAAGCUCUCUGUCAGGCCACAGGUGUUCCGCCUGCCUCUCAAAAACUCAUCUUUAAAGGGAAGUCUCUGAAGGAGAUGGAUGAGAGCCUCUCCACCUACGGCAUCAAAGGAGGCUGUAAACUCAUGAUGAUCGGGAAACGGAACAGUCCAGAGGAAGAAGCUGAGCUGAAGAAGCUGAAAGACAUUGAAAAGUCUGUGGAAGUGACGGCCAAGAAGCUGGAGAAGGUGGACGGGGAGUUAACUGGACUGAAGAACGGCUUCUUGGCCAAAGACCUCCAGGCAGAAGCUUUGAAUAAACUUGACCAAAGAGUUAAAGUUGCUGCUGAGCAGUUUAUGAAGAUUCUGGAGCAGAUGGACGCCAUGUCUGUCCCGGAGAAUUUCAACGACUUCAGAGUGAAGAAGAAGAGCCUCGUAAAAACUGUGCAGGACUUCCUGGCCCAGUGCGACAGACUGGAGGCCUGUAUAUCAGACCACCUAUCGAAGAUCCAAUCCAAAAACUUGGCUCUGGCCGACUGAACCGGUUCCCCUCACUGUGUGCUAUCUGUUGCUCUGUGAGCAAAGUGUACCAACAGCUUCAAUACGAAGCCGUUUUUAUUUAUUUUUCAGUGUGACGUGCUUCAUAACGGAACCGCGUUGAAGGGAAAAUGCCGGUUCAUGACGAGGGUCAGUCGUAGAUGAAAAUGCAUCUGAAACUUUUCCCAUCAGGAGCGUCAGUGGUGCUUUGAUGUUCUCCAAUCCUGCGUCUGUUCUGUGGCGUUUUCUCCCAUCAGCCAUCAUCAACCUGAACCACAGAAGUGAACGAACCUCUUUAGACGUUCUUAAAAAGCUUUGUGAUUAUGUGACUUUAAAGAGUUGUAUUUUUGUUAUUAAACAAAAAGUCAAAUUAGGCAAA